GCAUUUCCAAUCACGAAUGCAUUGACAUCUGAAGGGCUCUUUAUUUCGCUCGAGAGUUUCACUGCACUCCCCCUUCUGAGAAGGAGCUUCAUCCGCGGAAGGAGCUUUAUCCGCGCAAGUCCUUCCCGGCUCUCCGUUAAACGAAGCGCGGUUUCAAGUUUCAGCUCCUCCUUGAAUUCCAGCCGGGUGAGCCUUCCCUCCGGAAUCAUCCAAAAUGGAGCCUCUUAGCGCUUACCCAGUGAAAUGCUCCGGGCCCAAAGCAAAGGUGUUUGCAGUUUUGCUGUCUAUGCUUCUGUGCACGGUAACGCUGUUUCUUCUACAACUAAAAUUCCUAAAACCUAAAAACAACAGCUUCUAUGCCUUUGAAGUGAAAGAUGCAAAAGGAAGAACCGUUUCUCUGGAAAAGUUUAAAGGCAAAGUUACGCUAGUUGUAAACGUGGCCAGUGACUGCCAGCUCACAGACAGAAAUUACUUAGCCCUGAAGGAGUUGCACAAAGAGUUUGGACCAUACCACUUCAGCGUCCUGGCUUUUCCAUGCAAUCAGUUUGGAGACUCGGAGCCCCGGCCCAGCAAGGAAGUAGAAUCCUUCGCCAGAAGCACCUACGGAGUAACAUUUCCCAUCUUCCACAAGAUUAAGAUUCUAGGACCUGAAGCUGAACCCGCUUUUAGAUUCCUUGUUGAUUCUUCGAAGAAGGAACCAAGGUGGAAUUUUUGGAAGUAUCUGGUCAACCCCGACGGUCAAGUUGUGAAGUUCUGGAGACCAGAGGAGCCCAUUGAUGUCAUGAAACCUGACAUAGCCGCUCUGAUCAGACAAAUCAUCAUAAAGAAGAAAGAGGACCUCUGAAACCCCCACGGAGCCGUUCAAACACAACAGUCAGCACAGACAGACACAGCCGUGUGGGCCUGGUCUCAUUCCAAAGGCUUGGCAGUUAAAGUGGCACUAAAGAGGGAUGUGUUUAUGUUGUCUCACUAGUCAAUUAGUAAUGAAGGUCUCCAGGAUAGAGAUGACUUCAAAGGGGAACAGAGAGAGAGAGAGUAGCCAAAGACCAAAAUGAAAUAUAUUAAGUCCUCCGUAUGUCCAGGCUAGAACAUUCAGAAUGCAGUCAGCACUGGGCUCCAGAACCCUGUUGCUCAACAUGACAUCCUCUGGGACUGCACUUGAUGGAAAUGUCAACAAGCUAGACCACUGGGCGGAUGCAGAAGACUGUGGGUGACUGCAGUUGCAGCACUGACUAAAUCACAUGGCUAUGUUGAAUAUGUUGACAUGUUGAAAAAAACGUAAAAUAUACAUAUUCAGAUUCAAACACA